CGCGCUACCACCUUUGUCAUCGUUUCGUCAAAAUCGUGACGCCGCUGCUACGCAGUAAGACGAGGUUCUCUACGUACAAGGCCUGUUUUCGCGAUGGACCCGCGACGUCAUCAUCAGAGUGACUUGGAAUCUGCUGGUGGUGGCGAGAUUCCUGGCGCUGAGCGCGCCGACGACCUCGAGAGCGGUGGGAGUGUCGACGCGAGCGGUUCGUCGUACGAGCAGCCGACUCAGACGUCGGUCAUCGCGUCGAGUUUGAUGUCGAGCGACGGCACGCACUUGCGGGCGGCCGGAGGCAGCGAGACGAGUCUGAAUUCGACCGACGCGCAAGACGCCGGAAUGGACGACUCGUCGUUGCAGAACGAGGACGACCUAGACGAAGAGGCUCGAAUCCGUCGCGACCUCGAUCGGAGGCCCUCAUUUAGGAGAAUUUUUGAUGACCUAAGCCACGUGAAAGACGCAGGCGACUCAGACGUGCACGCUAUCGCAAAGAGCGAAGGUUGUAUGGUAACUCAGCGAGGUCUUGGCGUUCAAGUGACCCUCCAGCAGCCGAUAGUGGAUCCCAACAUCGCGUCAGGUGUGCAGGGCUUGCAACCGUUUCACGUGACUCAAGUUGGCUUACCAACAAACCAAGCGGGAAUGAUCUAUCAUCAGUCACCUCAGCAGGUAAGAGUACCCGUUUCAGCAACACAGCAAAUGGCUGCAACUCAGUUUGUCACCGGAAUGCCAAGCCAGUAUGCACGGGUAAACGCACUGGGUAGUCCACAGGCAAUGGUCUUGAACACAGGGAUGGGCCCCAAUGCCCAGCAGUUAGCAGAAGAAUCAGCUCGUAAACGCGAACUCAGACUAAUGAAGAACAGAGAGGCUGCGAAGGAGUGUCGACGAAAGAAGAAAGACUAUGUGAAGUGUUUGGAGAAUAGAGUCGCCGUACUGGAAGCGCAAAACAAGACUCUUAUUGAUGAGCUCAAGGCGCUCAAAGAUCUUUACUGCCACAAGUCUGAAUAGUUGGAAUAUCGAAUUUGUCUAGUUUUGGUGUAUGGACGCUGGUGAGGAUUACUGGUGGAUGCAUGGAUGGAUGAUAAAGACUCAUAGCAUUACGUCGUAUUAUUGCAUAUAUUGCACUGUCAUUCUAGUACACUGUACAACAUUUUUUCAUAGUAGAGAAAAAUCUAGAAAAUACUUGACUGUCUUGGAA